AAUCAGCGAGCCAGCGUGGAGCCGCAGAAGUCGCUUGACAGUUGCCCGGCUAGCCGGCUGCUCUUAAAGAGUUUGGCGGCGUGGGAGGGCGGAGUGGCCGCCGAGGAGAUUGCCCUCUUGAGUAGACCCUUGGCCGGCGCCUUAUAUUCUAUAUCUCCCUUAUCAUGCUGCCUUUUGGAGUGGCCAAUUCCUUAUUUUCCAAUGCCUUAUCCCUGGAGGAACAGCUUUUCAACUACAUUGAUGAACAUCAGGAUGAAUUUGUUCAGAAACUUAAGGAAUGGGUGGCUGUAGAGAGUGAUUCUCAACAGCCACGUCUAAGAGCAAAAGUCACAGAAAUGGUCAAAAUAGCUGCAGACAGUCUUGAAGACUUAGGAGCUACUGUGACACUCAAUGAUACGGGCAUUCAACAGCUGUCUGAUGGUAAGAAUAUUCCAUUACCUCCAAUCAUUCUGGCAAACUUGGGAGAUGAUACACAGAAGCCAACUGUAUGUUUUUAUGGACAUGUGGAUGUGAUGCCAGCUAAAAGUCAAGAUGGAUGGAAAACCCAUCCUUUCGGUUUAACAGAAAUUGAUGGAAAUCUGUAUGGGCGUGGAGCAAGUGAUAACAAAGGACCUGUCUUAGCCUGGAUAAAUGCUGUGAAUGCAUUCAAAGCACUAAAAAUAGAUUUACCAGUAAACUUCAAAUUUCUUAUUGAAGGCAUGGAAGAAGCAGGAUCCAUUGGACUGGAGAAAUUGGUUGAAAAAGAAAAUGAAAGAUUUUUUUCCAGUGUUGACUAUAUUGUGAUUUCAGAUAAUGCCUGGCUUUCUAGAAAAAAACCAGCUCUUACAUAUGGAGCUAGGGGAAAUGCCUGCUUCUCAGUGGAGGUAGAAGGCGGUGAAAAAGAUCUUCAUUCAGGAAGUGCAGGUGGCAUCAUCCACGAGCCCAUGUCUGAUCUGGUAGCUCUACUUGACAGUCUCGUGAAUUCAUCUGGACUUAUUUUGAUCCCUGGAAUAUACGAUGAUGUGGCCCCGUUUACAGAAGAGGAGAAAAAGCAAUAUGAGUUGAUAGAAUUUGAUGUGGAAGAAUAUAAAUCAAAUCUUGGAGUAAAGGAAUUCUUUUAUAAUACCAAGGAGAAAAUACUCUCACAUAUGUGGCGCCUGCCAUCUCUCUCUAUUCAUGGGAUAGAGGGAGCUUUUCAUGAACCAGGUAUCAAAACGGUUAUACCAUCAAAAGUCACAGCAAAGUUUUCAAUCCGGCAAGUCCCUCAUAUGGAUCUGUCUAAAGUGGAACACCAGGUGAAAAAACAUUUAGAAGAUGUAUACUCUAAUCGAAGAAGUCCAAAUAAACUGACAGUGUCUAUGCUAAUGGGUGCAAUGCCCUGGAUUGCUAAUAUUAAUGACCCUCAGUAUACAGCUGCUAAAAAGGCAAUCAGGAAAGUGUUUAAUCAGGAUCCAGAUAUGAUCCGGGAUGGAUCAACAAUUCCAAUUGCCAGAGUGUUCCAGAAUAUAACAAGGAAGAGUGUGAUGAUGCUCCCAAUUGGUGCAGCGGAUGAUGGGGAACAUUCCCAAAAAGAGAAAAUAAGCAGAUUUAACUAUAUCAGUGGAACGAAGAUGUUUGCCUCCUUUUUACUGGAGAUUUCAAAACUUCACGCUUCCAAAUAGAAACAGUGAUGAUGGUCCAUAAAACUACAAUCUUAUUAUUUUCAUUAUGUCUUAUGCAUGGGUGCAGUUCCAAAUGCAUAUGGUGAUGCUGUAUAAAUUCUUCCACAAAUAUAUAUUUUAGACUUACAAAUUCUUAUGAUACAUAGCUAAGUAUUUCUUUCUCAUUUGCUUUUUGCCCCUUAAAUGUAUGUAUUUCAGUAAGAGAAAGGCUGGAUUCAUACAUUAUAUUAUUUGUUGAACAAGCCAGUGGAUAAGUUCAUAUGAGCCCAGGAAUGGGCACCUUGCAAGCUGUAUAUGGUGCCUUGUGUGAUCCGUUAGCAUCCACUCAAAUUUGUGGCAAAAUGGUUAAAAAAUCAGCAGCAAUUUUUAAAAAUUAAAAAUGGCAAAUAAUGUUGGGAAUGUGAUUACAAAAAUUCUAGCAGAUGAAACAGCUAUUUCAGUGACCAUGUUGUGCCCAAGUGUUCUGAUGUUCAAUUCUCUAUUUGUAUUUUUUUAAAAUUAUGAAUUUAGCACUAUGGCAAGGCUAAAUCAUGCUGCAUAUAAAUAGUAUCAAUAUUAUUCAAUAUUCAGGCUACGGUUUUGCUAGCACAUUUACCUCCCAUGUGGAGAGUACAAGUAUUUUCAAGUACAAUAGCUUAUUAGAUUAUAUCUGAAAUAAUCUAUUAUAUUAUAUCCUUCGCAUUUAUUUUUAGUUUGAACUCAAUUAUUUUCUAAUCAGUAUCACUACUGAUAGAUUUUAAUUUUAAUAUUGUGUUGAGUGAACUGUACCAAAAGUUAUUUCAGCAAUACCAGUGAAAUGGCUUUGUUGCUUAUGGUAGACACUAAGCCAUUUUAUGAGAGCAGUGCUCACAUGGUUAGGAUGCUGGGUUGAUGAUCAACAAGCCGAUAUUUGAUAUCCAAUGCUGCUCUUUGGUGGGGUGAGCUCCCGUCAUUUGCUCCAGCUCCUGUCAAUCUAAUAGUUCAAAGUGAGCAAUUGUAAGUUGGUAGAUAGGUACUACUUUGGUGGGCAUAUUAGCAGGACAUGAAAGGAGCUCCUAACUGGGUAUUCCGCAGGCAAGCCUAAUCACCAGCUAAUCAUGAGCUGUCAUCGGCUAAUCCUUUCAACCCAGAAGUGCCUUAGCAGCUUGCGACAUGAAUACAAUGACAAGGAGUGGGGGGUUCAAAAUUUUUUAUUACCAGUUCUGUGGGUGUG